CCUUUUUGAGUGAUGUAUGUAACGGGGGAUGUUCAAGACACUUGAGAACUUAAAGAAGAGUUCAGAACCUUCGGUUUCAGUUUUGUAAUUUGGUUAUCUGAUAAAGCUAACCCUCGUCCUUCACUGUGACAAUCGGAGGAUUUUGGUUAUAAAGGUAUUUAUCGUUUACAAUGGUUAAUGCAAUCAAAGGAGUGUUCGUCUCCUGUGAUAUCCCGAUGACACAGUUCAUAGUGAACAUGAACAAUUCGAUGCCUCCGUCUCAGAGAUUCAUAAUACAUGUACUUGAUAGCACUCACUUGUUUGUGCAGCCACAGGUUGAGCAGAUGAUUCGCAGUGCUAUUUCUGAUUUUAGAGAUCAAAACUCUUACGAGAAGCCCACUUCUUAGAUCACAUCAUCAUCAGAAUCACAACACUUGCUUCUGUUAUUUUAUUCUUCCAUCUCUGCUUGUGUGAUUUGAUCACUUUGUCACUCUUUUUGAUGAAUAAACACGAACACACACGUUUGCUUCGUUAUCGACAUUGUAAGAUAUUUGAGACUGUUUCUUAAAAUACCAAUGCUUCCGGUUUAUAUUGAA